CAGGCCGUGAGCAUUCAUUUUUGUAUUGUCAUUACAGCCUGACUGAGAGCUCUUCAUCCAGCGUGUUAGAGUCAUGCUUUUCUAGCUCUGAGGCUUUCUUUCUCUUUCACUACAUACAUCUUUGCCCAUCUGCGUCCGUCUCACUUUGGUUACAUGGACAGACUCUGAUCGCUCGUUUUCCACGCCAUUUCUCAUCUGGUUGCUCAUUUCCAGCAUAACCUGCACGAAAACGCAACAAGACCACCAAAAUGACAAGAGAUUCUAAACCGAAGCCGAAGCUGCCUGUGCAGCAGCUGGCAAUUCUAGCCGUCGCCAGAUUUGCAGAGCCUUUGGCCUACACCUCCGUCUGGCCCUAUCUCCCUGAGAUGAUCCGGGGCUUCGGUGUCAAGCGUGACGAAGUGGCAAAAUGGGCCGGUGUCACAUCUUCGGUCUUCUCCGUCUGUCAAAGUAUCACAGCCGUCCCAUGGGGCAAGGCUUCAGAUAAAUUUGGCAGAAAGCCAGUGCUCAUCUAUGGACUUAUCAGCACUAUGAUUUGCUUCAUCAUAUGGGGCUUGUCAACAAGUCUUACCAUGGCCAUUACUGUCAGAGCAAUCAUGGGUGGUGGUAACGGCAAUGUUGGCAUCAUUAGAACGAUGGUGGCUGAAAUGGUCACCGAAAAGGAGCUCCAACCAAGAGCCUUCUCUAUUAUGCCUCUGGUCUGGUCUCUUGGAUCCGUCGUCGGGCCCGCCUUUGGAGGGUUCUUCGCUCAGCCAGCCAAGCAGUUUCCCGGUCUCUUUGGCAAUAUAGAGCUCUUCAAGAAAUUCCCUUACCUUCUACCAAAUCUUCUAGCCACUAAUUUCUUCCUUAUCUCUGCCGCCAGCGCGACCUUUUUCCUGAAAGAAACUCUGGCCGACAAGAAGGAGCACAAGGAUUGGGGACUCUUGGUUGGAGAGCGCCUCACACGACUUAUUCGCCGGAAGCCGCAGCUCAUUUCUCAGCGUCGCAGGUCUUUUGUUGACGGAGAGGCUACUGCACCGCUCGUUCCGAGCAGAGUGACGCCCAAGAAAGCCACCACGCCAAAGCACCCCCCUACUGGAAUGAAGGACGUGUUUUCCUACCAAACCACGAUCAAUCUUAUCUCAUACACCUUUUUGGCUUUCCACUCGGUUGCCUAUGACCAAAACAUCACCGUCUUUUUGGAUUACCCCGUCAUUCCUCGAACUCCUGAGAAUACAAAGUUCCCCUUUUACUUUACUGGUGGCUUUGGACUUAGCUCAGGUACCAUUGGAACACUCUUCACCAUCUACGGUAUCACUUGCGGAUUAAUCCAGUUCCUUAUUUAUCCGCCAAUGGUUAACCGCUAUGGUGUUUUGAACUGCUUCAAAGUAGUUUCUGUCUUGACGCCAUUCGUCUACUUUAUCACUCCCUACACUUCUCUGCUCCCCACCCCUGCGACACGGUUUGCCGCUAUCCUCACAGUCAUGAUGAUCAAGGCCUUUGCCAUCAUCAUUGCUUUUCCCUCCACGACCAUCCUCCUCACCAACUCCGCCACGUCCCUCCGCAUUCUUGGCACUCUUAACGGGUUUGCCACCAUGUUUGGUGGCCUUGGGCGAGCUGUCGGCCCUGCUUCCACUGGAUGGGCAUUCUCAUGGGGUGUUGAGCACGGUUACAUCGUCUCCGCAUACUUCUUCCUGGGCAUUAUUGCAGCUAUUGGUGCCAUCCCCGUCUUCAUGAUCGUGGAAGGACAGGGACCCACAGCGUCGGCGGAUAACAGCGACAAUGAAGACAACGAAGACAACGCAGUCUUACUCGAAGAUGAAAACCCCGUAGACGACUAUGAGGAUGCCACAGAUGACGAGGCUACUACAGGCUCUCCUCUCCUCGGCAGAAACCGGGGCAGCUCCUACAAAACUACGGGCACUGCAAACAAUUAAAAAAUUUGACUGAAAAAUUGAGAACAUAUAUGGCGCAUGCGUGAACGUGUACGCGCGCUGUCGAGAAAAGACGUACGAUGAAGAGAGAUUAAAAAAAGGAGGAUGGAUCAACGUGGCAAUCGGUUUCUGGGGGGGCGAGGGAAGAUCCUGCCACACCAUACGUGAAUCCCUUGGAUGGAUUUGUUGGACGCUGGAUAUACACACGUUGUUGCACUGGGAUUUUGCAUCUGCACUGGCGUUGGGAAAAAUGAUACUCCUGUAGUUGAAUAUGAUAUUUACUCGUGAAACAAAAACUUG